AUGCGGUUCAACCUGGAGAGAAAGCGCACUGUCAUCAGCCAUUCUAGUGAUCGUUCACCCACUAAUGACACCGAUGCAUUUCGCGCAGCUUCUACGUCCCCGUCUCGCAAGCUUCAGCUGUCCAACAAGAUUAUUGAUCGCGCAUGCGCUUACAGCGGUCUUCUUUACACCUCAUUCUCCUUUAUUUUCUUCAUUGCCUCAGGGAAUUUCCCACCGGCCGCGCCAACCCUCACUGCCGAGCAAGUCGUACAACAUUACCAAGAACAUAACGUGGGCUACAAAGUUGGAGCGUCAUUCUUCGUUCUCUCUGGUGCUUUCUACGGUUCAUUCACCGCGGCGAUAUCGCAACAAAUGAAGCGCAUACCUGGCGUAGGCCACACCCUCAUCUCGGCACAAGAAGUUUCCGGAGCCUGGGCCUGCAUCACUUUCUCCGUACCCGCCAUCUUCUUCGCAACGACAGCAUAUCGGUUGGAGCGACCGCCAGAGAUCACUCAAGCACUGAACGACCUGAGCUGGAUGAUGACAUUUAUGCCCUUUGCCCCGUUUAUUGUGCAAAAUUGGGCAUUCGCAUUCGCGGUACUUCUUGAUAAGAGAUCGAAGCCGUUGUUUCCUCGGCUUGUCGCAUGGGUCAAUCUCUCAUCGCCCAUCCUAUUAGGGUCUGGCAUAGCGAUGCACUGUGUUAAACGAGGACCGCUGGCAUGGAAUGGGGCAUUAACUUUCUGGCUAACCGCUGUGGUUUUCGGAAUCCAGAGUAUUGUAAAUAUAAUAUUUACCGUGAAGGCUAUUGAGACAGAGCUAGAAUAA